AAUACGAGUUUGGCUCAGGUUGAUCAUUGCGAACUACCUGAAGCCGUCUGUUCGAGGUUCAGGGGCCCAUCAACGUUGUUGACAGACCAGUAUGGUGGAAACGGCGCCGGCAUUGGUGUUCUCAACCCUGACUCUUACGGGCGAUGCCAUAUCGAGGCCAAUAACCCUCCUCAGACAAGAGGACUUCCCGGCUUGCCAAUUCGACGCCGAUGCUGGCAAGUUUCGAACCAGAUCGGACUGGCAGCCAUCAUCGUCUCCCCACAAUCAUGCUGGCCACCUGUUUCUGAGACUGGGAGAUUGCAUCGGUGGCGGCAGAUCCGCCGUGGUCUAUGAUGCCGAGAUCCUGACCACGUCUGCCUCAAAGGAAGGCUACAUUCCCCUUCCCUCAGAAGAGAAACUUUGUGUCAAGAUUGCUCGGCCUAAUCGUUGUCGCACACUCGCGCGGGAAGCAUGGGUCUGUGACCAGCUAAGGUCCCGGGGCCGGUUGCAGGGCGUGAUUGCCCCCCGUACAUAUGGCUUCUUCGCUGUCGAGCUAUCUCGCCAACAACCGCCGACGUUUCUGCCUUGGAACACUGAGGAUUUCGAGCUUGACCUACGCGAAGACGACCCAGAAGACGAUCCCCUCCGCGACGAUCCCCUGCCGGGAGACAGGUUAAUUGAUGUAUACGAUGAGGGUCCUGGGGGGAGGGAGCUCUCGUCAUGGUGCCACUGGCGGCCGGAUCCUGAUGCACCGCUCUUAGCUGUCAUCGUUAUGUCACGCGGGGGUGCGGUUUACACAAGGGAGGAUGAUGCCGACAAAGCGACGCAAGAGGACGUACGUGCGAUACUGGAUGACUUGGCAGCCAGCUACCUAUGGCACGGUGAUUUGCGCCCCAACAAUCUUGUGCGUGCGCCGGCAGGCACGGAACUGUGCGAGAUACACGACCGUGUCCAUGCAUGGAACAUCAUUGAUUUUGCCUGGACCUGCGUCGACGAUGCGAAUGGUGACUUCAAAACGAAGUCGAGGAGUAUACGUGAACUUCAACGCGCGGGCUUUGGGACCUAUUAUUUCUGGCAUGGUUCCCUCACUUGAGGAAUACAUUGCUCGUUCACAUGUCUUGGUACAGCUCCGUAGUUAUAUGACUGCGUUGUUGUUCGGAUCACAAUUUGUCUCUUGCUACUGCUGUCCACUGUACGCCUGUUCAAGUAGUCCGAAGGGCUUGAUUGCGGGAGGCGAGGCACGAGCCGAUCGCAGAGUUUGUUUGUUUAUUCCCUUUAUUGUCACUGAGGGCGAAGCC